UGUUAUUUAUCAAUCAACAUGACUGUUGAGGUGCAAUGUGAGGCAACUCAAGUAGCUGAAGUAUUUGUUCCACAAGAGGAAUUAGUGGCUGCUAACAAGGUUGUAGAGGAGGUUGAGGUGAAUGAGAAAGUAAAAAAAGAUGAAGAAGAGGAAUCCAAGCCUAAUACAAUUGAAAAGAGCUCUUCUUAUAGAGAAGAGAGCAACUUCCUCUCUGAUCUCAAAGAGAAUGAAAGAAAGGCAUUGAAUGAGCUGAAAUCUAUAGUUGAGGAGGCCAUUCUUGGAAACACUCUCUUCAAAAAAGAAGAGACCAACAAGGCUCCCGAGGAAGAGGGAAAGAAUGAGGAAAAUCGCGAUACGGUAGAGGGGAAAGAAGAGGAGAAGGAGGGUGAUUUGGAUGUUGUUGAAGUGGAUAGAGAGAUUUCUAUUUGGGGUGUACCCCUUUUGCCUAGCAAAGGGGAUGAGAAAACCAAUGUGGUUCUAUUGAAAUUCUUGAGAGCAAGGGAUUACAAAGUGAAUGAAUCUUUCAAAAUGCUCAAGAAAACACUCCAAUGGAGGAAGGAUUUUAACAUCCAAUCUAUCUUGGAGGAAGAUUUGGGCUCAGAUCUUGCUCCAGCUGCUUACAUGAGUGGGGUUGAUAACCAAGGACACCCUAUUUGUUACAACAUUUUUGGGGUUUUGGAUGAUGAAGAGAUUUAUAACAAGACUUUUGGGACGGAGGAGAAACGGAACCAGUUCUUGAGGUGGAGAGUUCAGUUAAUGGAGAAGGGUAUUCAGCAGCUUGAUUUCAAGGCUGGAGGUGUUAGUUCACUGCUUCAGAUAAAUGAUCUGAAGAACUCCCCUGGACCGUCUAAGAAAGAAGUCCGGGUUGCUACCAAACAAGCCGUUGAUCUUCUUCAGGAUAACUAUCCUGAAUUUGUUGCCAAAAAUAUAUUCAUCAAUGUUCCAUUUUGGUAUUAUGCCGUCCAUUCUCUGCUGUCGCCUUUCCUAACGCAAAGAACCAAAAGCAAAUUCGUAUUUGCUCGCCCUGCUAAGGUCACUGAGACCUUGCUCAAGUACAUUCCAAUCCAUGAAAUCCCUAUUCAAUAUGGUGGACUCAAGAGGGAGAAUGAGUUUGAGUUUUCAGUCUCCGACUGUGAAGCUUCGGAGAUUCUCCUUAAAGCUGGAUCAACUGAAACUAUUGAAAUACCUGCAGUAGAUGUGGAAAGUACAUUUAUCUGGGAUGUUACGAUUGUGGGUGGAGAAGUGAGCUAUAAGGAGGAAUUUGUGCCAGAGGAUGAGACUUCUUACACUAUUAUCAUUCAGAAGGACAAGAAGGUGAGCUCGACAAUUCGCAACACAUUCAAGAACACUGAAACAGGAAAGGUUGUGCUGACAAUCAAGAACUCUUCAAGCAAGAAGAAGAAGGCGUUUUACCGACACAAGAUCAAGAAAUCAACAAUUUGAGAUGAGCAAGUUUUCUACUUUGAGUGAAG